AUGGCGACGGGCAAGACCGGGGCGACGUUGCGGAUGCCACGGGCGACACCGGCCAUGCAGACGUUGCAGACGGCCAAGGACGAGGCAACGCGGCACGGGCGGUCCAGUCACUGGGAGACGGUGUGGCAAGAGGGCGUCCGGCCGCUCGGCAAGUUUGAUGCCGGGGGGCCCUGUCCGGCUCUUGAGAUCUUGCUGGCGCAGGACGACGUGCCACGGCACCCCGAGGCGCGGGCCUUGGUGCCGGGAUGCGGCCGGGGCUAUGACUUGCCGGUGCUGGCUCGGCAUGGAUUUCACGUCGAGGGCUGGGAACUCUCAGAGACGGCCGCGCAGGUGGCUCGGGACUACAUCAACAGUCAGGAGCACGCCACCCCUGAUGCUCCUUUGACAGGCACCAUGAGCGUCGCCCGCAUGGAUUUUUUCGAACCCACCUCCGAUCAGCAGUACGACCUCAUUUAUGACUACACCUUCCUUUGCGCGCUGCAUCCAGACAGCCAUCAAGCAUGGGCCCGGCAAAUGCGCGCCCUCCUCCGUCCCGGUGGUCUUCUCGUCACCGUCAUCUUUCCCAUUGUUGACAAAGAGGGUGGGCCACCCUUUGCCAUGAGCAUGGAGCUGGUGUCAGGGCUGCUCCAAGGCCAAAACUUUGAGUGUCAGCACCUGGCCAUGCUGCCAGAUAGUAGCUGCAAUAAAGGCCGCGAGGGCAUCACCGCCCUCGGUCUCUGGCGAGCUCCAGACGCUUGCUGA